UCUUAGGCCAGAGGAAUUCAUCCACAUCCCACCUUAGCUGUUUUUUUGUGUCAAACAAAAAUCUUAUUUGGAAGUAGCAUGCUAUGGCACCUGUGUUGGGGCACGCCAUACUGUACUGCGUUGAAUGAGGAGAAAGAUGCGGAGGCCAGUCUCUUUAUAUACAUUUGACAAAGCCAAACAGUGUAUUGGCACAAUGACCAUCGAGAUUGAUUUCCUGCAGAAAAAAAGCAUUGAUUCCAACCCUUAUGACACCGACAAGAUGGCAGCAGAAUUUAUUCAGCAAUUCAACAACCAGGCCUUCUCAGUGGGACAACAGCUUGUCUUUAGCUUCAAUGAAAAGCUUUUUGGCUUACUGGUGAAGGAUAUUGAAGCCAUGGAUCCUAGCAUCCUGAAGGGAGAGCCUGCAACAGGGAAAAGGCAGAAGAUUGAAGUAGGAUUGGUUGUUGGAAACAGUCAAGUUGCAUUUGAAAAAGCAGAAAAUUCAUCACUUAAUCUUAUUGGCAAAGCUAAAACCAAGGAAAAUCGCCAAUCAAUUAUCAAUCCUGACUGGAACUUUGAAAAGAUGGGAAUAGGAGGUCUAGACAAGGAAUUUUCCGAUAUUUUCCGACGAGCAUUUGCUUCCCGAGUAUUUCCUCCAGAGAUUGUGGAGCAGAUGGGUUGUAAACAUGUUAAAGGCAUCCUGUUAUAUGGACCCCCAGGUUGUGGUAAGACUCUCUUGGCUCGACAGAUUGGCAAGAUGUUGAAUGCAAGAGAGCCCAAAGUGGUCAAUGGGCCAGAAAUCCUUAACAAAUAUGUGGGAGAAUCAGAGGCUAACAUUCGCAAACUUUUUGCUGAUGCUGAAGAGGAGCAAAGGAGGCUUGGUGCUAACAGCGGUUUGCACAUCAUCAUCUUUGAUGAAAUUGAUGCCAUCUGCAAGCAGAGAGGGAGCAUGGCUGGUAGCACGGGAGUUCAUGACACUGUUGUCAACCAGUUGCUGUCCAAAAUUGAUGGCGUGGAGCAGCUAAACAACAUCCUAGUCAUUGGAAUGACCAACAGACCAGAUCUGAUAGAUGAGGCUCUUCUUAGACCUGGAAGACUGGAAGUUAAAAUGGAGAUAGGCUUGCCAGAUGAGAAAGGCCGACUACAGAUUCUUCACAUCCACACAGCAAGAAUGAGAGGGCAUCAGUUACUCUCUGCUGAUGUAGACAUUAAAGAGCUGGCCAUGGAGACCAAGAAUUUUAGUGGUGCUGAAUUGGAGGGUCUGGUGCGAGCAGCCCAGUCCACCGCUAUGAAUAGACACAUAAAGGCCAGUACUAAAGUGGAAGUGGACAUGGAGAAAGCAGAAAGCCUGCAGGUGACGAGAGGAGAUUUCCUUGCUUCUUUGGAGAAUGAUAUCAAACCAGCAUUUGGCACAAACCAAGAGGAUUAUGCAAGUUACAUUAUGAACGGUAUCAUCAAAUGGGGUGACCCAGUUACUCGAGUUCUAGAUGAUGGGGAGCUGCUAGUGCAGCAGACUAAAAACAGUGACCGCACACCAUUGGUCAGCGUGCUUCUGGAAGGCCCUCCUCACAGUGGGAAGACUGCUUUAGCUGCAAAAAUUGCAGAGGAAUCCAACUUCCCGUUCAUCAAGAUCUGUUCUCCUGAUAAAAUGAUUGGCUUUUCUGAAACAGCCAAAUGUCAGGCCAUGAAGAAGGUGGCAGAAAAUUGCACAGGGUACUUCAGAUGGAUGGAGGAAGAAGAACUUGUAGCAGGAUUCCAGGCAUCAACAUUGAAGAGUCCAGAGAAAUACAUAAAAAUCUUUGAAACUGAGUGUGAAAGAGAAAUAUUGCCAGACUCAAAAAGAACUUAUAAUGUCAUAUUCUGUCUCUGAGGUGAAACCAGUAGUAUCUGUCCUUCCCAGGAAAAUCUGAAUAGAAUAAUGGGGACCAGUAAUUUCCCUAGAGUAGGUAGGGCUGUUCUUUGUUUUUUUGUUUUCCCUCUGAUGGGAACCCUUAACCCACUUCUUCUGGUAAAAAAUUUAAAUAGCAGCCCUUGAAAUCUGUAGCUGUUGAAUGUCCCAUUUAUUUAUUGAAUAGCUAAUUCUAUUUGCAUUUUCCUAAAUCAUCUAUUCCUGUGCUUUUUCAAAAGUAGUAGUCAGCUUUGCAGAUGGUAAAUUACUCCAUUGCUUUCCACCAGCUGCCAGCUUCUACCUCAGAUGUACUCUGAGAUGUGGGUGGAUGGUCCUAGUUUUUCUAUAAAGUUUUUAAAAAGUACUUUAGGCUUCUGCAGAUCAAAGCUACUUUGUAAGUGUGAGAUAUUAUCAUUUUUAUUAUUUUAAUCUCUUGCAAAUUGACUUGAAGGGGGAAGGUAAUAUGUGCUGAUUUUAGAGGCUUAAAUGGUUAAAUUAAUGGCUUAAUAAUUUAUGAUUUAAUCUUCAAAUUGUUGAAGCCUUUCAAGGUAGAGUUUUAGAUGAGUGGAAGGCAAGGGAGUAUAAAAAUAAGUGUCCAUACAAGCUUAUUCAAAAUUAUUUUAAUUCGUGAUUCACUGCCCGGAUCAUCCAUGCACUCUUAAACUUAUAAAAACGAUUUCUGCUUCAGCAGUAUAAUAAAUUUAUAUUAGAAUUUUUGGUUUUCCUUGGGGGAAAAAUACUAUUCUUUGUAAUUAAAGUUCAGAAAAGAGAAAAGAAUGAAGCAUAGGUGUCUUGGAAAUAUAUUAGGAAUAUUACAAAAUCUUUCCCUGCAAAUAGUUUUCACAUUGUUACCUAAUGAUAGGUUGACAAAAGCCUGAGGGCUUAAACCAGUCUAAAGAUGCUAAGUCUUCCAGGUUGUUUUUGAAAAUGAAAUGUAAAUGUCAUUCUUUAGUAUAAGUUCUAGACUACCUACCACUACUGUUCUUGCCCCUCCAUUUUUAGUGUGAGGAUGGGAAGAAGAUGUUUUAUUUUUUUUUCAGAGCACAAAUAAUUUAUAAAGUUUUAUAUUUCUGGAGAAAACCUUUCUUUUGUUGUAAGUGCAGAAAAUAAGGUAACUUUUUCUAAUUACAGAAAUAAUUUAGAAAAUACAAGAAAGAACAGAAGAAAAUAAAAAUAAAUUCAUAUUUGUCCUUCAAUUCUCUUUACCACUCAGACACGCAUAUACACAUGAACACAUUUACCCCUCCCUUAUAUAUUGGGAAUUACAUUGAAACAUACUGGUGUAAACUUGCUUUUUUCACUUAAAAUAUUAUGAACUUUUUUCAGUGUAACUAAAGCUUAUCUGAGUAUUAUUUUAAAUUAAUAGCUGUCUAAUAUCUGAACAGUCCCUUUUUUGUUGGACGAUUAGGUUGUUUCCAGGUUUUUUUCAUAAUUGUAAAUAAUAUGUGUGUCAAAGAAUUAUCUAUACUCCCAAGGUCAUUGCAGCAGUAUUCACAGUAGUGGAAUGGAAUCAACUGGAAUGUCCCUCAGUGGAUGAAUGGAUAAAGAAAAUGUGGUACAUAUACAUUGUGGACUAUAACACAGCCAUUUAAAAAGAGUGAAAUCCUUGUC